AUGACUUGCCCUUGUUUGCAGGACCCGACACACCCAAACAGUGUCAGCCACACCCUGCAGAACGUGCGAGCAGGCCGCAUGAGGCCCUUUCCAGACAGCGUGUCGCCUGAGUUGCAGGAGCUCAUCAGGCACAUGCUUCAGCGGGAGUCCCAGAAGCGCAUCACUCUGAGGCAGGUCUCGCAACACCCGUGGGUGAGGAGGAACGCAAUGAUCCAUGCGAGGAAAAUCGGGCGGCCCGAGCUCAGCUCCGACGACUCGGGCGAGGUGCCCACUCCGGGCAACGGCGCGCCCGUGCCGGCAGUGGCGGCAGGUGCAGACAACAAGCUGCACACGAUUGCAUCAAAGGAGGCUUACGACGUGCGCGAUGAGGGUUCCACGCCUCGCAUCCAGCCUGGCUGCUUCGGGGUCGUCCCUGGCCGGAAGUCCACGGUCUCAAUUUCCUCGAGGUUGAAGAAGUUCUUUGGCGGCGUGAACUGA